AGCAGACCUGCAGCACCAAGUACCGCACGCUGAGGCAGUGCGUGGCGGGCAAGGAGACCAACUUCAGCCUGACGUCCGGCCUGGAGGCCAAGGACGAGUGCCGCAGCGCCAUGGAGGCCCUCAAGCAGAAGUCGCUCUACAGCUGCCGCUGCAAGCGCGGCAUGAAGAAGGAGAAGAACUGCCUGCGCAUCUACUGGAGCAUGUACCAGAGCCUGCAGGGAAAUGAUCUGCUCGAAGAUUCUCCCUAUGAACCAGUCAACAGCAGAUUGUCUGAUAUAUUCCGGGUGGUUCCCUUCAUACCUGACGUGUUUCAGCAAGUGGAGCACAUCCCCAAAGGGAACAACUGCCUGGACGCCGCCAAGGCCUGCAACCUGGACGACACCUGCAAGAAGUACAGGUCCGCCUACAUCACCCCGUGCACCACCAGCAUGUCCAAUGAGGUCUGCAACCGGCGCAAGUGCCACAAGGCCCUGAGGCAGUUCUUCGACAAGGUGCCGGCCAAGCACAGCUACGGGAUGCUCUUCUGCUCCUGCAGGGACAUCGCCUGCACCGAGCGGCGGCGGCAGACCAUCGUGCCCGUGUGCUCCUACGAGGAGAGGGAGAAGCCCAACUGUUUGAACCUGCAGGACUCCUGCAAGACAAAUUACAUCUGCAGAUCUCGCCUGGCGGAUUUUUUCACCAACUGCCAGCCGGAGUCCAGGUCUGCCAGCAGCUGCCUGAAGGAAAACUACGCGGACUGCCUCCUCGCCUACUCGGGGCUCAUUGGUACAGUCAUGACCCCCAACUACAUAGACUCCAGCAGCCUCAGCGUGGCCCCGUGGUGUGACUGCAGCAACAGCGGCAACGACCUGGAAGAGUGCUUGAAGUUUCUGAAUUUCUUCAAGGACAAUACGUGUCUUAAAAAUGCAAUCCAGGCUUUUGGCAACGGCUCCGAUGUCACAGUGUGGCAGCCAGCCCUCCCGGUUCAGACUACCACUGCCACGACCACCACAGCCUUCCGGGUCAAGAACCAGCCCCUGGGGCCAGCAGGGUCCGAGAAUGAGAUCCCCACCCAUGUGUUACCGCCGUGUGCAAAUUUACAGGCUCAGAAGCUGAAAUCCAAUGUGUCGGGUAGUACACACCUCUGUCUUUCUGAUCGUGAUUACGAAAAGGAUGGUCUCGCUGGUGCCUCCAGCCACAUAACCACAAAAUCAAUGGCUGCCCCUCUGAGCUGCGGUCUGAGCCCACGGCUGGUUCUGGUGGUAACCGCCCUGUCCACCCUCUUACCUUUGUCCUUGGCAGAAACGUUAUAGCUGCGUUUCAAGAACGACAUGGACCUGUAAAAAGACAAACACCAAGUUAUCUGUUUCCUGUCCUCUUGUAUAUCUGAAAUUCCAGUUUUAGGCGCUCCGUUGAAACAUUGCUCAAGCAGUUUCAUCCAACUGAAACUUUUUCCUCUUUUUUUUUUUUUUUUUUUUUAAGAAAGCUUCUUGUGAUCCUUAGGGCUUCUGUGGGAUUCCCAAUGCAGUGCUACAUUCCAAACUCAAAAGGCUUUGGGGUAUGUUGUAUUGUAAAGGGACCGUUUGUACAUCUGGCUGUAAAGCGAAAGGGGGCCAAGUUUUUUCAUGAUGAUGAUGUUAAUCAUUUAACCCUGCCCUUUACUCGCUAGCGAAGGGGUUAGUAUUGCUCAAGAACCUUCCCCAUUUCAUGUGGUGGCUUUGAUUUCUGAUGACAUCACUGCAGCCUCACAAGCUUUUGGGUCACAAAUCAGAGAUUCCCCUAGAGAGAAUCCUUGAUGGACUUUGUGCAGACGAGCUUGUACCAACGCUCGCCUUUCUGUGCGUUCUGCCCUUCCCGCGCUCACGUUGGUGUUCCGUAGCCAGUUCUCUCUCCUACAAAACCAAAAGCACCCGUCACACCCAAAGGCGGUGUCUGGCUUCUAGUGCAAACAGAGUGCGGGGCGUGGGUGUGAAGCCUCACGAGCCUCGGUCAUUGACCUCCCUCCCCUGAGCCUUACCCACGCGAGAAGCCCUCCACUAACAAGCGCCCAACAUAGCUGAAGCGUUGCUCUAACCUCUUUACAUGUUUGAUCUUCUAUGUAGAAAACAAUUUACUACUAAAUGAUUUCAACUGUUGGCUUUCUAUA